GUUGUCUAGGCUCUGAUCAAACUAUCGAGCAACAUGCCAUCAAAUUUCCCCUUACAACCCAUUCCUGGACCGAGUGGCCUGCCAGUGGUUGGUAACAUUUUCGAUAUUGACCCAGAAGCUGGCAUCCAAUCAUUGGUUCAGUUUGCUAAAGAAUAUGGACCUAUUUUCCAGAUGACCUUUGCGGGUCAAAAGCAGAUAUUUAUCUGUGAAGCACAGCUUGUGAAUGAAGUAUGUGAUGAAAGGCGAUUCUGCAAGACCGUCACUGGUGGAGUUGAACUGUUAAGAUCGGGAGUAGGGGAUGGCCUUUUCACAGCAUAUGAAGGUGAGAGGAAUUGGGACAUCGCGCACAGAAUCCUCAUGCCAGUUUUUGGGCCAACCAAGAUCAAGAGCAUGUAUGGCCAGAUGACUGACGUGGCACAACAACUCUGUCUCAAAUGGAGUCGAUAUGGCCCAAACUACCCUAUCGAAGUGACCGAUGACUUCACCCGUCUGACACUAGACACGAUUGCUCUUUGCGGCUUUAGUCAUCGAUUCAACAGUUUCUAUCGAGACACAAUGCAUCCCUUCAUCGAAAGCAUGAACCAUUUUUUGCACGACGCCGACAAGGCAUCUGGGCUGCCUAAAAUAUUCAACAGCCUACGCCUGAGCGCGAAAAAAAGGAACAAACACGAUAUAAACGUGAUGAGGGAUCUCUGUCGAGAGUUAUUAGACCAGCGACGACAGAAUCCAACAAACUCGAAUGAUCUCUUGGACACUCUUUUGAACCAAGCGGACCCUAAGACAGGAGAAAAAUUAGACAACCCAUCGAUUGUAGACAACAUGCUCACAUUUCUGAUCGCUGGCCACGAGACGACAUCGGGCCUACUCUCGUUUGCAUUUUAUUACAUGCUCAAGAACCCCUCAUCAUUAGCAAAAGCCGAGCAAGAGGUUGAUGAGGUCGUUGGAAUGGAAAAACUCACCGUUGAUCAUUUACCUCAAUUGAAGUAUACGAACGCGAUUCUUCGAGAAACAAUCAGGCUUAUGCCAACUGCACCAGCGUUUUCAGUUUGUGCACUGAAAGAUGAAGUGAUAGGCGGCAAAUUCGCUAUCAAGAAGAGAGAGCCUCUCAACAUUCUUUUGUCAUGUGUACAUGUCGAUAAAGCAGUUUAUGGACCUGAUGCAGAUGAGUGGAAGCCAGAGAGGAUGCUAGAUGAAGAAUUCAAAAAAUUGCCUCCAAACUCGUGGAAGCCGUUUGGAAACGGCAAAAGAGCUUGUAUUGGACGAGCUUUUGCUUGGCAGGAAGCAUUACUGGUCAUAGCGGCUUUGCUGCAGAAUUUCACUUUCACGCAGGCCGAUCCGUCUUAUGAGCUUCGGAUCAAGGAAUCCUUGACCAUUAAACCUGACGGAUUCAAGAUGUAUGCAGCACUGAAACAGUCCAGAGCACCUCUCGCCUUCCUAAAUGGGUCUGAGCUCUCACCAAAGCAAGCUCACAAUACGCAAGAGGGCAGAAAGUCAAUCAUAGAAAAAUCAAUCCUCGGUCAAGGAAAGUAUAAGUCCGUGUCUAUAUUCUAUGGAUCAAACAGCGGGACCUGCGAGGCUUUAUCAAAUAUGUUCGCGAAUGAUUGCGCAAAGGCUGGAUUCAUAGUGCAACCGAUACGUGCACUAAAUUCUGCCAAGGAAGACUUUACCUCGAAUGAGCUAGUUGUCAUCAUCACUGCAACAUAUGAUGGCCGGCCUACGGAUAACGCGACUGAAUUCGUGGACUGGCUCAACUCUCUCACUGGAAAGCCUCUAGAAGGGGUAUCGUAUGCUGUUUUUGGAUGCGGACAUCAAGAUUGGCCAGCAACGUUAUAUAAGAUCCCCAUUUUCGUUGACGAAGUUCUAGAGCAGCGAGGAGCAAAGAGAAUUGCGCCUCGUGGAGCUGUCAACGUCGCCACCAGUGAGCCUUUCUCGGUGUUCGAGGACUGGGAGGAGGAGACGUUAUGGCCUGCGCUAGGUCUUUCCCUAACGCCGUCAGAAUCUUCCACAUCAUUGGAAUCUGGGCUCAAAGUUUCCUUCCAGCAACCCUACACUCAACGCAAAGGGUUCAAAGAAGCUACUGUUACAAAACAUCUCGAACUAAGCAGUCCCGCAUCCUUGACCCGAAAAUGCCACAUUGAAUUGCGACUGCCACAAGGCAUGUCAUACACAACUGGCGACUACUUGGCUGUUCUUCCUAUGAAUCCCACGGCUAAUGUACAGCGGGCUCUGGCGCGUUUCCAUUUGGCUUGGGACAGUGUUCUGAUCAUCGAGUCCGCAGGAACUACCCAGCUUCCUACAGCAACUCCAAUAUCUGUAGCAGACUUAUUCGGUGCAUAUGUCGAGCUUUCGUCACCUGCUUCAUCAAGAAACAUUAAAAGAUUAGCUGCUGCUGCGAUCGACGAGCCGACGAAACAUUCAUUGCUGAAAUUGGCAAAUAAUGAGUCCAGUAGAUUGCGUGGUAAACAACAGUCAGUCCUUGAUUUGCUCGAAGACUAUGAGUCCAUCCCACUAUCUGUAGAGAUGUUUCUGGAGAUGCUGCUGCCACUCCGUCCUCGAACAUACUCUAUAUCAUCAGCCCCAGAUUGGAAGCCCUCGCAUGCUACCCUCACGUGGUCAGUUCUGGAUGCACCAUCAUGGAGUGGACAUGGCUCUUUCCUUGGGGUCGCAUCUAAUCAUCUUUACAAUCUUUCGCCAGGUGCUGUUGUACGCGUCUCAGUGCAACGUUCGAACCCUGCAUUCCGCCUACCCCAAGACCCUGGAGCUUACCCUAUCAUCAUGAUUGCAUCUGGGUCAGGCCUGGCGCCUUUCCGUGCCUUUUUAGAAGAGCGCGCCUUGAAACAUAGAACAGGCAAAGCCUUGGCACCAGCUCUGCUGUUUUUUGGAUGCCGCAGCAAGGAUGAUGACCUCUACAGGAACGAGUUAGACGAGUUUGAAAGCUCGGGCAUUGUACGUGUACGGCGUGCCUACAGUAAAACGCCAAAGGAAACAGACGCCUGCGGAUGUACCUACGUCCAGGAUAGAAUCCGGGCUGAAAAGGAAGAAUUCAGGAAGUUAUGGGAACAGGGCGCCUCUAUCUUUGUCUGUGGUGGCAGUAAAAUGUCUGAAGCAGUGAAGGAUUUAUUCAUCAACAUAGCACGCAAGAGCGCUGGGAAUGACGGUUUCAGAAGUUCAGCAGAAUGGUUUAAGGCCCUUGAUAGUCGGCGCUAUGUUGCUGAGAUCUUUAAUUAA